AUGACCGAUAUCAACGAAAAACUACCAGAGUUAUUGCAAGACGCUGUCUUGAAAGCAUCUGUUCCUAUUCCGGAUGACUUCGUUAAGGUUCAAGGUAUUGACUACUCAAAGCCUGAAGCCACUAAUAUGAGAGCAACUGACUUAAUUGAUGCCAUGAAGACCAUGGGUUUCCAAGCUAGUUCUGUAGGCACUGCCUGUGAAAUUAUUGAUAGUAUGAGAUCAUGGAGAGGUAAGCAUAUCGACGAAUUGGAUGACCAUGAAAAGAAAGGUUGCUUCGAUGAGGAAGGGUACCAAAAGACUACUAUCUUUAUGGGUUACACUUCUAACUUGAUCAGUUCCGGUGUACGUGAAACUUUGCGUUAUUUGGUUCAGCACAAGAUGGUUGAUGCUGUUGUUACUUCUGCUGGUGGUGUGGAAGAAGAUUUAAUCAAAUGUCUUGCUCCUACUUACUUGGGUGAAUUUGCAUUGAAAGGUAAGUCUUUGCGUGACCAAGGUAUGAAUCGUAUUGGUAAUUUGCUUGUUCCAAACGAUAACUACUGUAAGUUUGAAGAGUGGAUUGUUCCAAUCUUGGAUAAGAUGUUGGAAGAACAGGAUGAGUACGUAAAGAAACAUGGAGCUGAUUGUUUGGAAGCUAACCAAGACGUGGAUUCACCAAUCUGGACCCCAUCUAAGAUGAUUGAUCGUUUCGGUAAGGAAAUCAACGAUGAAUCAUCCGUCUUGUACUGGGCCCACAAGAACAAAAUCCCAAUCUUUUGUCCAUCUUUGACCGAUGGGUCAAUCGGUGAUAUGUUGUUUUUCCAUACUUUCAAAGCAUCGCCAAAACAACUAAGAGUUGACAUUGUUGGAGAUAUCCGCAAAAUCAACUCAAUGUCCAUGGCCGCUUACAGAGCCGGUAUGAUUAUCCUAGGUGGUGGUUUGAUCAAGCAUCACAUUGCCAAUGCUUGUUUAAUGAGAAAUGGUGCUGAUUACGCUGUUUACAUCAACACUGGCCAAGAGUACGAUGGUUCUGAUGCAGGUGCUAGACCCGACGAAGCUGUGUCUUGGGGUAAGAUCAAGGCUGAAGCCAAAUCCGUCAAACUUUUUGCUGAUGUUACCACUGUUCUCCCAUUGAUUGUUGCUGCUACUUUUGCCAGUGGUAGGCCAAUCAAAAAAGUUAGGAAUUGA